AUGGUGAUACAUUUCCGUGAAAGAGAAAUAAUUCUGUUUUCGUUCUGGAAGACUGGAACAGUUUCUGGGAUGGCUGUAUCUAUGUUCAUCUCAUUUCUUCUUUGUAUUUUGUAUGAAGCGAUCAAAGGAUUUCGUCUAUUCCUAGCCAUCUACCACGUUAAGGUUAGUUCCUUCCCCACCUGUUCCAGCCGUGUUACUUUCCCCCAUGCUAUUUGCUCUCACCCACCACACUUUCUGUGA